UGGACAGAUUUGAUACUUUAUAGGGACUACACUCGUAAUUAAUCCAAAAUCAUUUGUCUCCUUCAAACUUUUGCAGUUCGCCGUAGCAGCUGAACUCGGAGGUGGUGCCUGAGAAUGUCGAUCGGCGGCGAGAACUGUUUGCUGCUUUGCCGGCUCGUCGAUCAUUCUCUCCGUCCUUUCAGAGAAGAUGGGGUGGUACUGGAGACCAAAGAGAAGGAAAAGGAACUACUUAUUGCGCUCUCUCGUGUUGUAAUUGAAGUUCAGAGCUGGGUUCAAGAAAUUGGUGGCGACUCUGAUAGUGGAGAGAUUCAACUGUUGGCUUCUCAAGAGAAAAGCAGUUAUGAGUGGGAUCAAUUUUCUGAGAGUCACCAUUGUAUUGCAAAUAUAACCUCUGAAUUGGUACUUUUACUGGGUUUUGAGAAUCAGUAUGUCAAACAUCUUGUGGGCAAUGUACUUGCAGCAAUUUCAAAAUUCAUUAUUCUAAGUGGAAUCUACUGGGAUGAAUUAGUUCACUCAUUAUGUUGUUGCAUGGAGUUAGUGCUUGCCAGAAUCAUAUCUUCCUCUGCACCUGCAAUCACUGGGUCUGAAAAUUUAGACUGUUAUUUAUCGACCUUUAGUAAUAUCCUACAACCUAAGCUGAAAAGUACCAAUUUCUCCACAGCUUCUGGCAUUCUUCAAGUUUUGCGAAAUACCUUGAAAUUCUUGAUGCAAGAGCAGAGUGAUCUUAUUGGAGUGUUCUUUGAUUCCGUCAAUUCUUGUCUUUCAAAGGUUCCUUGGAAUUUAUUGAGUAAGAUCCUUACUGAGCAAAGUUGUGACACUGUAAAAGUCCCGAGUGAUCAUGGCCUGCAUUACAGUAAUUUGCAUCAGAGGCAAAGGUCAAAAAUUCUGUUCCUAGGAACUUUUGUUCAAUUUCUCUGUUCCUUGGCUGAGUCAAGUGAUUUUGAGGAAGCUGCUGGUGGUUCAUCUGAUACUCACCCUCUACUUGAUAAGAUUAUCAACCUGAUUCCUAGCCUUUUUGAUUGGUGCCUCAAUAACCAAGUAGAUCAUUGUGAUAAGUGCUUGUCUCGAUAUUUCAGUCACAAGUUGCUGAUAUUAAUGAUCAGGCUUAGUUUCCACUGUCCUAUUCAGUGCUCCAUUCUUGUUCUAUGGUUGCAACUUUGCAAAAGUCAUUUCCAAAAUCUCUUGUUGCUUCCAAAGCUUAAGCUGGAGUCUGCUCCAGAUACUUCCCUUGAAGAUUCUCCAUUGAUUGUGAGCUCUUUUGAUAAAGAACGCAGUCCAUGUUCCUUGCAUCUGCAAAGACUGGCUAUUUUUCUUUUCCUCAGGUGUUCCUUGAGCUUAUCUAAAAAACCUACAGAAAAGCAUGAUGCAUCUCCAACUGCUCAGUUGAUAUGCACCACAUAUUUGGGUAGCAAAUGUGAUGAAUGCAGUUGUAGAGUGAAAGGUAUGUUGGAGCUGUAUGUGUGGCUUCACGGGAACCUUCCAACAAAUAUUUUUCUGGAUACUAAAACAUAUCCAAAAAACUGCAUCAAGUUUGCAUCAUCUUUUCUCCAGCUAUUUAUGCAUGAGGAUGAUUUAUUAUUUAAAGUGCUGUUGGAACUUCUCCCUCUGCCUUCUCGCAAACGGCCAUGGAUUUGUGAAAGACCAUCCCAGGAUGUGAAGGAGGAAGAUAUACUUUUUCAUGUUUCAAACAUUUUUAAUCCUGUAAAUACGUUUCACCUUUUUCUUAAGGAGUUAAACUAUGAUCAUGAGUUGCUCAUAGAUUACCUCAUCUCAAAAGAUGCAGGAACAUAUUGUUUGGAAUAUCUCUUGAGAUGCUUGCAUAUAAUAAGCGAUUCCAAGCACGCACUAGUAGAUUCAUCUUCUAAAUGGGAUGCCAUAACUCACUCUUCAUGCAAGAAAAGAAAAGUUUCGCUGAAUUGCUCAAAUACUUCAGAAGAAUUAUUGUCCGGUUCACCCAAUAAAAGCAAUGAAACUCUUCCAUCUUUUGAGGAAUCUAAUAGUUAUGAUUAUGGCUACAAGCGUCACAGAUUUGGGGUAAAAGCAGUUAAGAAAGCUAAAAAUUGUCUGCAGUCAUUGAAAAGAUCCUUGGAAAAUCUUCAUAGAGAGAAUCUCUUCCCAUAUAAUCCAGAAGUGCUUCUAAAACGUUUGACGAAAUUUCUGGAGCUUCCCAUGGAGUAAUUAAGUACUUAAGUGGCCUUCAGCCCCAUGCAGAGUUUCUCAUCCAUUUUCCUUGAGGCUUGGAGUCCUUUAUCAUUAAUAUUCUUUCAAUUUGAAAGCUUCAUCUUUUGCGUCUUUCAAAUGCUACGAAGGGACAGGCUAUUAGUAUUUCUAUUCUGACCGAUUGAGCUAUAUUCGAGUUGACUCUUUUUUAAUGACUGACUUUGCGUACGUGAAAUACCAAAUGCUAGGGUCAUGAAUAGUAUAAGAGAAAACACAUUCACAUCCAUUACAGUUUGCACAAGUUAGAGUAGUGCAUUUACUUGUUCAAGAUAUAAUCAUAGUCCAUAUUCUUUAAAUGAUUAUUCUUUGUACUCAUAAAGUCAUAAUUGAUUCUAUACUAAUUUUACCUUUUAUUUUA